AUGCUCCUUCGACCCUCUUCAAUCCGGCUAAGCUAUCUCAUUGAAUUCGCACUGUGUUGUGCACGCACCACUCACUCGAUCGCACUCGUGCUUUCCACUGCUUGCUUGCGCUCGCUCCCUCCUCCUCCUCUCGCCGCUCUCACGGGCGGCACCAAGGGACCCUCCCCAGCUUCCCUCUGCCUACACCCCUCUGCCAGCACACCUACAGGCCGGCAGCAGCAGCGAGCAUGGAGGAGCAGUGGGAGCAGCGUGGCGAGCGGGAGAGGCGAGUGGUGGGAUGACGCACGGCCUGGGCUGGCCCUGCUGACCACUGCGCUCGCCCAACCUCCCGGCAGCACCAGCGCGACCGACCGUGGCGUCUCUGAGUGGCGCUGCGGCAGCAGGGGGAGUGUGGCGGCAAGGAGAGGCGCAUGGCCGUCUUCCCUCUGCCUACACCCCUCUGCCAGCACACCUACAGGCCGGCAGCAGCAGCGAGCAUGGAGGAGCAGUGGGAGCAGCGUGGCGAGCGGGAGAGGCGAGUGGUGGGAUGACGCACGGCCUGGGCUGGCCCUGCUGACCACUGCCCUCGCCCAACCUCCCGGCAGAACCAGCGCGACCGACCGUGGCGUCUCUGAGUGGCGCUGCGGCAGCAAGGGGAGUGUGGCGGCAAGGAGAGGCGCGUGGCCGUCUUCCCUCUGCCUACACCCCUCUGCCAGCACACCUACAGGCCGGCAGCAGCAGAAGGCAUGGAGGAGCAGUGGGAGCAGCGUGGCGAGCGGGAGAGGCGAGUGGUGGGAUGACGCACGGCCUGGGCUGGCCCUGCUGACCACUGCCCUCGCCCAACCUCCCGGCAGCACCAGCGCGACCGACCGUGGCGUCUCUGAGUGGCGCUGCGGCAGCAGGGGGAGUGUGGCGGCAAGGAGAGGCGCGUGGCCGUCUUCCCUCUGCCUACACCCCUCUGCCAGCACACCUACAGGCCGGCAGCAGCAGCGAGCAUGGAGGAGCAGUGGGAGCAGCGUGGCGAGCGGGAGAGGCGAGUGGUGGGAUGACGCACGGCCUGGGCUGGCCCUGCUGACCACUGCCCUCGCCCAACCUCCCGGCAGCACCAGCGCGACCGACCGUGCCGUCUCUGAGUGGCGCUGCGGCAGCAGGGGGAGUGUGGCGGCAAGGAGAGGCGCAUGGCCGUCUUCCCUCUGCCUACACCCCUCUGCCAGCACACCUACAGGCCGGCAGCAGCAGAAGGCAUGGAGGAGCAGUGGGAGCAGCGUGGCGAGCGGGAGAGGCGAGUGGUGGGAUGACGCACGGCCUGGGCUGGCCCUGCUGACCACUGCCCUCGCCCAACCUCCCGGCAGCACCAGCGCGACCGACCGUGGCGAGGCUGAUGCAGACGGCAGAGAGGAGGCUGCUGCACCUGGGGACGGCAGAGAGGGGGCUGCUGCACCUGUGGACGGCAGAGAGGAGGCUGCUGCACCUGUGGACGGCAGAGAGGAGGCUGCUGCACCUGUGGACGGCAGAGAGGAGGCUGCUGCACCUGUGGACGGCAGAGAGGAGGCUGCUGCACCUGUGGACGGCAGAGAGGAGGCUGCUGCACCUGGGGACAGCAGAGAGGAGGCUGCUGCACCUGUGGACGGCAGAGAGGAGGCUGCUGCACCUGGGACGGCAGAGAGGAGGCUGCUGCACCUGGGGACGGCAGAGAGGAGGCUGCUGCACCUGUGGACGGCAGAGAGGAGGCUGCUGCACCUGUGGACGGCAGAGAGGAGGCUGUUGCACCUGGGGACGGCAGAGAGGAGGCUGCUGCACCUGUGGACGGCAGAGAGGAGGCUGCUGCACCUGUGGACGGCAGAGAGGAGCCUGCUGCACCUGUGGACGGCAGAGAGGAGGCUGCUGCACCUGUGGACGGCAGAGGAGGCUGUUGCACCUGUGGACGGCAGAGAGGAGGCUGCUGCACCUGUGAACGGCAGAGGAGGCUCUGGGCUUCCCAGGUCUCCCACACUCGCUCUUGUGCUCGUGAGCACCGACGCAGCAAGCUGGCGGCCCCCCCCACCCCAGCAGCAGCAAGGCGGAGUGUGCCUGCCCUCCCACACCAGUAGCAGCAAGGCGGAGUGUGCCUGCCCUCCCACACCAGUAGCAGCAGAGGCGAGUGGCAGCUGGGGAGCAGUGGAGGGGGGAGGGAGUGGAGCAGAGGAAGGGGUCGAGGGGCAGAGGAAGUAUGGAAGUGGGGGAGGAGGGGAGCAUGCCGCGGAAGCAGAGGCAGUGGCGAGCAGCAUCAGGGGAGCAGUGGAGGGGAGCAGAGGGAGUCGACCAGAGAAAGCUGUCGGAGCAGAGGCGGGGAGAGUAGGAGGGGAGAAGAGGGGAGCGGAGGAGGGGAGCAGGGAAGGGGAGAAGACGUGGGUAGAAGAGGAGGCGAGCAGAGGAUGGCAAUCAGAGGAAGGAGCGUGUGGAGCUGAAGCAGAGGAAGCAGCAGCAGAGGGGACAGCGAAGCAGAGGGGGUUAGCUGAAGCAUAG